AUAUUUGGGGAACACAAAAAUAAGUGCGUCCAACGGAAUAUAAAGCAUGAGAAAAAUGCCCUCCCCUCUGGUGUCUCUGAUGCGGUUGGGAGUGGGGACAGGGAGGGUUUGUCAUUAGGUAAAGGUAAAGCAGCACAAGUGUCAUUCAUUUCUCUGCAAUGGAUAUGGAUCUCUAGCAUUCGCAUUCAUCCCCUCCUUUUCUCCAUGCCUCCGUCUUCACCCGUUAUUUUCUUGUCCUGAAUGCAUUCCCAGAGCACCACUUGCACAAGCAAAGUAUUGCAUCUGACUCUGAGGUUGUGGGCUGAUAUGUAGAAUGUUGUAGAGAUGGAAGGCAAGACAGAAAUUCGUAUGACAUCAGCUGCUGCCUUUGUUGAAGGGGGGAUUCAAGAAUCCUGUGAUGAUGCUUGCAGCAUAUGCCUUGAGGAGUUUUGUGCAAGUGAUCCUUCGACGGUCACUACCUGCAAGCAUGAGUUUCACCUGCAGUGCAUUCUCGAAUGGUGUCAGAGAAGCUCCCAGUGUCCUAUUUGCUGGCAACCUAUUAGCUUGAAGGAUCCUACUAGUCAAGAAUUGUUUGAGGCAGUAGAGCAGGAGAGAAGCUGGAGGGCUACCCCUUCAAGAAAUGCUGCUAUUUUUCAUCACCCAGCCUUUGGUGAUUUUGAAUUGCAGCAUUUGCGCAUGAAUGCAAAUGAUGCUGACUUUGAAGAGAGAAUUAUUCAACAUUUAGCUGCUGCUGCAACGAUGAGGAGAGUGAACCAGCUUGGUCGGAGGGAAGGGCAGCAAACUCGUUCAUCACCUCAUGUUCAUCCACACUUCUUAGUGUUCUCUAAUCAGCCUAUUGCGCCUUCAUCAGGUCUUGAUCCAGUUUCCAGAGGGGAAAAUGACCCAACAGCAAUUCCUAAUAGAAGUCCAUCUGCCCCAAUAACAUCUGAUGGAAAUGAAGCAUCGCAGCAGAUCCUGCACCUUCAAACUCAAAGCUCUUCUUCAGCUUCUGGAUCUCCUGUCAUGGCUACAAAUCGCCAAGGAAUUUACUCUAAUGAUAGAGGCUCUACUGCUCGUUCUUCUCCAGUGGUCCAAGAUAGAGCAGAAUCAUCUGAAUUGCAGUCAUUUUCUGAUUCUCUGCGGUCCAGACUUAAUGCGGUGUCCAUGAGAUACAAAGAGUCAAUCUCAAAGGGCACUAGGGGAUGGAAGGAGAGGCUGUUCUCGCAUAGUUCUUCCAUGUCAGAACUUGGUUCAGAAACAAGGAGGAGAGAGAUGAAAGCUGGAAUUGCUAGUGUAUCCCGAUUGAUGGAAUCCCUUGAAACUAGUGAAAAUAAUAGAGCUGUGGGUACUUCUUUGUCAAAUCAAAAUCAUAUAGAGGAUAGUUCCAUGGGAGGGGUGAGCAACCAGAACAAUGUUGAAGCUAGUGGAGAGAAAUCUUCACAUGAUGACAAUACUCCAGCUGCAUGUUCUGCUAGUUCACAUUUAAAUUGAGCUCUUUUUUGUUUCUGUUAAUUCAUCUUUCCUCAGCAUCUCAUAUUUGAAGGUAACUUUCUCCAGACAUGACAUGCUGAGGAGCAGAUGCUUCGGAAAUAGUCGUGCGGCACUUACGUCGUGGUUUGCAAUAAAGAUGAAGAUAUGAAAAACAGUUGUGCUUAUAGCUAAAAAGUUAACGUUUCUAUGUAUAUAUAUUAUGUGCAUGGAACAGUGAAGAGUUGUACGUAUCUAAAGUGUCUGGGUGAACGGAUUUAUAAACUGGCAUGUACUCUGGACAUCAAUCUAUCCGUGGGAGAAAAAUGCUAUGAAAUUCAACAGAACUUGUGCCCGUGA